AUUACAAAUAAAACAAAAGUAAAUUCAGAAACUGAUCGAUUAAUAAUACAAUACAAUACAUCUGAUCUCGACGUAAAAAACUGAAACACACUUCAUUUAAUCAGCCAAGGCCCACAGCACCCUAUAAAUAACACAACCCACAGUUUUUUGAAAAAGAAGAAAGAAGAAAGAAAUGGGGAGGCCAGGGGUGGUGGUGGUGGCGAUGCUCCUCGUUCUAGCGGUGACGCCGGAGGCAAAGCCGUUCUGGGAGAGUUUGAAAGACGCGGUGAAAGAAACGGUGAGCGGGAAUUUCCCGGGAGUGGAGAUUGGGCUGUCGGAGUUCGGACACCCGUGCUUGAAGAAGAUCCUGAAUUUCGAGUUCGAGGAUCCCGACUUCUGCAUCUCCCAGAACGACCCCAGAGCCCCCGACUACCGGAGGAUCGAGCCUAUUGAGGUCCGCCACAAACAGCUCCUCAAGAAAAGGCCCGACCUCUUCGCCAGGACCUAUCCCAACUACUACAGGAUGGUGCUCCGCAGACAACAGCGCAGGCUCAAGAAGAAGCGAAGCUCCAGACAUCGCUGAACAGACAAAACCUAUUAUUGUUGGAUUAUUUAUAUAUAUAAUAAAAAUGGAGAAAGUCUUGUAUUUAUAUAACCAAACUCCUCAUUGGUCAGUAGAGAGAAAGAAAACGUCUGAGAGGUUGACUCCCGACCAAAAA